UCUGGUCACACUGAACACGACUAAAACUGUCAGAGUACCCAGACAUUGACCGCAUAUAUUUUCUAUUUCUUUCUUUCGGAAUCUGUCAAUCGACUUGAAACAUGGCUGAGGUUGAUGAAACUUUGAAGAAGAAGCGUACCUUCAGGAAGUUUACCUUCCGGGGUGUCGACUUAGACCAGCUUCUUGACAUGCCAAAUGAGCAAUUAAUGGAACUGAUGCAUGCCCGUGCCCGGAGACGAUUUGCUCGUGGUCUUAAACGUAAGCCAAUGGCGCUGGUUAAAAAACUUCGUCGCGCCAAGAAAGAGGCGCCUCCAAAUGAGAAACCAGAAAUCGUAAAGACACAUUUGCGCAACAUGAUCAUCGUCCCAGAGAUGGUUGGCUCUAUUGUCGGUAUUUACAAUGGAAAGACCUUUAACCAGGUUGAAAUCAAGCCUGAGAUGAUUGGCCAUUACCUCGGUGAAUUUUCAGUGACGUACAAGCCAGUCAAGCACGGUAGGCCUGGUAUUGGUGCUACCCACAGCUCCAGGUUUAUCCCACUCAAGUAGAGGGCGAAAUAUUCACUUAGGUUAAGUGCAAAACUUACACAAUGAUACAAUAAAGUAUUUUUGUGUCAU